GGGAUGUCAAGGGCCUGUUUCAACAACCCUCCAGCAUUAAAGCUCAAGUUCGCUCCCUUUGAGGAUGAUGUCACAUCUGCCAAGAGAUUUCAUAGUUAGGCAUCUUCACCGGCCACAGCUGCAAAGUCCCCAAGGGGCGGAGGAAUGGAGCCAGACAGCAUCCAUAGCAGUCCGCCGUCUCUGAAGCAGUACAUUAAACAGGGUAUCAAGUGGUUGUAUGAGACUCACCAGCUCUGUGAUGUCACCCUGGUCGCAGAUGGGAAAAGGUUUCCUUGCCACAGAACCCUCCUGGCUGCGGUCAGCCUCUACUUCCAGCGCAUGUUCUCCAGCACUUUUCGAGAAUCUCGGGAAGGGGAAAUUGUGUUGAUGGAUCUGGCCGCGUCUUCCCUCCAGACCUUGCUGGGUUACGUCUACACAGGGGAGCUCACCUUCCGGGCAGAAGAGGCUGAAGAACUUUUCACAGCAGCCAGCCGCCUUCAGAUAGCAUCCGCACUAGAGAUUAUCACCAGGUUCUUCACGGAAAGGAUUUCCACCCAGAACUGCCUGGAGCUUUACAUCCUGGCGCACUCCCACAACCACCGUCCUCUCCUCCGUCCGGCCUCCCGCCACGUCGCUUUCAAUUUCGAGCACCUCUCAAAGCUUGCGGCUUUCCUUGCUUUAGACUUCAGUGUCUUGGUUGCCAUCAUCGCCUUGGAAAACCUGGCAGUGGACUCCGAACUGACAGUAUACCGGGCGGUACACCGCUGGAUCAUGCACCGGCCUGACGACCGCUUCCCAAAGCUCCCCUUGCUGAUGGACCAAGUCCGUCUCCCACUCCUGAGCCCAGAAGAACUUACCGAGGUCCGGGCCGAAACAGAGGAAUUUUACGAGUGCGUACGGCUCCCGUGGGAGGAACUGAGCGUGGAGGAACGGCUGUGGGCCAGCAGAGGUCUACGGUGGGGCAUGUACCACGAAGGGGUGGCAUGUGUGGGGCUCCCAAAAUGGAGCGAAGUCAAUGUAGGAGAUGAGGAGCUGGAUUCUCAUGUACAUUUCUUUGACCCUUCCACUGAGCAAUGGGAACAGCUCCCCGACCUAAAAUCUUUGACAUGCCCCAGUUGUAUCUCCAUGAGCCACAAGCUCUACAUCACAGGUGGGCAGCAUUUAGACGGUUCUUAUUCAGACAGUCUGCUGGUCUAUGAUACCAUCGGAGGCUGCUGGACCCAGCUCCCUUCGAUGUCCAUCCCCCGAGCUGGACAUGCUUUUCUCAUCUGCCAGAAAAAGCUGUAUGUCAUCGGCGGUUGGGACAACUCAGGUAGCCUGGUCUGUGCGGAGAGUUAUGACCUGGUCCGUGAAGAAUGGACCGCCAUCUCCAGCCUCCCUUUUGCGUUGACUUAUUUUUCCUCUACAACACUCAGAAACAAACUGUAUCUCAUCGGCGGAGAAAUGGGGGAGUCUGACUUGCCAACCCCACACCGAGGAUUCCUGGUUUACGAUAUAGUAUCCGGGGAGUGGUCCCGGGUCCCUGUGGCUUUCGAAUUCUACGAGGCCAGUGCCAUCGCCUUGGGCAACUGCAUCUUUGUCAUCGGUGGGCUCACUGGCGAUGGUACUCAAGAAGGCCGUCGCUUUACCCAGCGUUGUGUCUGCCUCCGCCAAGAUGGCACGACAAGCCGCGACGUCUCUGUCCCGUCCCUUCCCAUUGCGAUCUCCUACCCAGGCGUCAUCUGCUGGAGGAAAAGGAUCUACGUUUUUGGCGGGGACAGCUACGACCGUUAUUCUAGCGCCAUCCAUUACUGGGAGUUUGGUCAGGAAAGCUGGACCCGUUGUGCAGCGGAUUUACCUGAUCCCAAUUACGGGGCAUUUGGGUUUGGUUGCAUGCCACUCAAAGUGCCAAGAAAGAAUAUCUUCUCCGUCUUUCACAGGGGCUCCACCACCAUGUUGGCAGAGCAGCGGACACUUGAGGACUCUGCCUGA